AUGGGAGCCGUGACCAAACUACAAGAAGUUGCUGGGACGCAUCAAGAAAAGAUAUCUUCUGCGCCUGUGCCAAUAGUGGAGCACUUCUCACUAGUUCUUGGUCGAAAGCCAAACCAUUCACAUGGUGUUGGCAUUCGUGCUGUAAACCGAGUCACCGAGGAAAGGAUCAGAUUGCUGACACAAAUCGAGGCUUCUCAACAACGUGAAGCUGCAGCUCGAGCACGUGCAGAUGCUGCUGAGCAACGUGCUGAGGCUGCUAAGCAACGAGCACAAGCUUUGGAGGGCUAA